AUGAAAAUUGAUUUGCAGCCGCCCAAGAAGAAGCUGUCGAAGAAGGAGAAGGCGCGCCUCGAGGCCGAACAGGCCGAGAUGCUGCGCAUCGAAAUGGAGAAGGAAAAACUAAAGAAACUGGAAGAGGCGCGUCAGCGCAAGAAGCUGGAAAUGGAGCAGGCCAAGCACCGCCAGCAGCAUGAAGUGGCUGAGAAUCGCUUGCGACGCGGCCAACUCAAGGACAGCAUGAGAUUCUUCGAUAAUGUGCAUACAACCAUCGAGGCGAUCAAGGCGGGCGAGCGGCAACAAUGCGACUGGGAGAAGUUCAUGCGCUGCAACGGACUGCCAAAUGCGGCUAGUCCCAGCGAUCUGCGCAAAUACAUCCAUCAGUGGCACGCGGACAUUGCCCAGCGUCAGCUCGAGGCCCGCAACUGGCUGCUGCGCACAGAUGAGCGUACCCUGCUCACCCAGGAUGCCCAGGUGCCGGACCUGACGCGGGUCUCGCUGCGCCAGCAACAGGGCAAUCUGGGCGAUAUCUAUGCGCAGCGCAUCAAGGAGGUGCUGGGCAUUCUCAGCGAACUGGACGAGUCGCUGUCGUACACGAAGUCCCGAUCGGCGCACGUGGCCGCUGAUCUCGUGAAGCUAAAAACUGAGAUGCGCGUGUUCCUCAAGCAACAUCUGGACGAGUUCACCCACAAGACGAUGUCACACAUUGAGCGCGACAUGGAAAUCGAUAGACCUGGUGUCUCCAAGCACAUCUAUAGCUCGGAUGUCUUUCAGAGUUUCGUUUGGACGUUCUCCAAGGAUGCCCAAAUCGCUAUCAAUCCCAAAGCUCGCAUUGGCGAGCAAUCGUCUCACAAUGAGAUCGAUUUUCCCACGUUAGAGAUGAACAUUUCGCUGCCUCCGACUGUACAGCUGCAGAGCUCUGCGCUGCGCGGACUGUGGCUCAACUAUGAUCACUUCAGUGACUAUUGCAGCAGUUUUCAACUAAAGCACGCCCGCUCUGAAAAUGCCACUAUUUUACGGCAAACGAAGCGGGAGUGGCGGAAGCGCAAGGAGAUUCUGCAGUCCAUGCUGGAUGAGUGCGCCCGGGAGAUUCCGUUGUCAGAGUUGGAGCAGCUGACGCAGGAACAGCACUCGUCCAGCUCGCAAGCGCCACGUGAGCGUAGCUACGACGUGGACAAGCUCUAUGCCCAAUACGAGGAUGAGCUCAACAAGGCGCGGCGACGAGCUGUUGGCCCCGAGGCGUAUGGCUUGCUCGAGACAGAUGUGAAUUUGCGCAAAUAUCGCAUCAUAUCGGGCGUCUACUGCAUCGAUUUUCUGGAGACGCCACAGCAGGACAAGCAGCUAAAUGCUCGCUCAUUCAUACGCACCAUUGCUGCUGCAAACAAUCUGAUGCAUAAGGAAUACUAUCAAACCUAUAAGCCGCCGCCUCCGGUGCUGCCCGGUGUGCGUCGACUGCCCGAGGAAAUUGAGGCUGAGAUGCGCAUGAUUGAGGCGGCACUGGAUAAGCUCGCCUUGGUCACACUGCAGUUGCCCGAUUCGGUUAUUUGGUUUGAACCACCGAUUGCCUGUCGCUGGGAGACGGACAUCGAGACGCUCGAGUCGCAACUGGCGGAUGGUGUUAAGCCAGAUGCAGCAGCAGCAUCAACAACGGCAGCAGCUACCACAGCCACGCCCACAGAGGCGACACCACUUUCGACAAACGCACAGCCCAGCCCGCUAAAAAGCUCGCCACGCGGUCCAGCCAGGAUGCGCUCUCAGAAAUCUGAUCUGGCCGCAUUGCAGGCACAAACGCUGCGUGAAAUCGGAGACUUCGACUUGCGUGCCAUACCCCGGAAUGUGGAUCUGUAUGGGCUGGUCAAGGACUUUGUGGUGCCACGCCUGCCGCAGGGCUUCUGCGUGCGUCUGGAGCAGCAGACGCCGCAGUCGAGCAGCGGACUGCCACAACGGCAGGUGAUGUUUCUGGCGCGUCAGACACACGUUCGCCUGGGCCAGGCGAAAGCGACAACAAUGUCUGCGCGUGCAGCAGAUCCCGAGCAGCCGCCCAGCAGCUUGGGCAUUGGCGCUGAAUUUCUGGAUACGGCAGAGCCGGCCGAACUCUUUCCCCCGAUCUGCUUUGACAAGCUGCUCAAGUUUCGCAGCCUGGCGCGUCCACCGCCUGUGACGCCCAGUGGCUGCUACCUCUUCUCGCAGCUGAUCGAAGAUAUGGAUCGGCUGUGGCGCAUGCAGCUGCCGCGCGAACAGCACGAGGAGCUGCUGCAACAGAUAUCCGAACAGCUGUCGCCCAGCGGCUCCCAGCAGGAUGUUAACGAGGAGCUGGCCGACGAUCUGCGUCCACUGAGUCAGGAGCUGGUCGAAGUACUGCAGCCAGCAGCAGCUGCUGCUGCCUUUGCCUACUACACGGGCAUCUCCUUCAUCCGCGAUGCACAGCUGCCCGCGGAGUCAGACCCGGAGACGAAGCCCAAGUCAGCUGGCAGCCAGGACAGCAGCGAUGAUGAUGCUGACGAUGAUGACUAUGAGGACAGCCUCUUGGAGCUGCUCGAGGGCAAUGCUGGAAACGAAUCCUCAGCUGGCGGCACACUCCAACAGGUGUUCAGCGGGAACAGCAACAGCGACAACUGCGAUAGCGAGGCUCGCAGACAAAAGCAGAGCAGCACGGCGGCCAUUACCCAGGGUAAAUGGAGCACACGCGACGUCCAUGAUACCAAAUUCAAUGAGGACAAACUGUCCAUUCAGUUUCGCACGGGCCGACUUGGUAUCUUUGGCUUCGCCUUAAACAAGUACAGCAACAUGCCCUACCAGACCUGGGAUCUGAGACCAGAUAUGAAAAAUCCGGGAACCAUAUUCUUUAGCUUGACUGCAUCACUGAUCAGCCUGGAGAUGACCAUCACCGAGGCGGGCUACACUGUCCACAAUUUUCAGGGCGGAAGCACGCAAGGCAUCACGGACAUGCUUGGCAAGACGUUGAGCUUGACUGAGCUGAAGGCGACACUGAUUUCGUCUGCCGUAGACAUCUUUCCGGACGAGGAUGCCUUCUGCUAUACGGAGGGCUCCUGCGAGAAGAACUUUGUGAUGGAAAUGCACACCUACGCCUGCAUCUCGACCCUGGCACUGUCCCACAACUUUAGCUGGUCGCGCUGGAAUCUAUUGGCUGGCUCCCGCACAGCCGUGCUACUCAUCCGCGAGCUAAUCGAGGGCAAAAAGGUUCCCUACUACUCCACACUGCUGGUUACCCCGCUGAAGACCUCAAUUAUUGACUGCACCGAAGUGUCGGCCAGCUUCAAUGCAGUGGGCAUUGCCGGCAUGGAAUACUAUGCGGAUCUCUAUCAGCUAUCGCAGGCCCACGCACAGCCCGUCAGCCUAGAGAAACAGCGCAAGAUGAGUCCAAUACUUAGGGAUAACGUGGCGAGCAUUUUGAUUGGCAUUAGACCUCUUAGUUUUUGUUGA